UGUUAUAUGAUUUCACAUAUUUUUGUAUGUGAAAUGUUACUUGAGUUCUAAUUUGAAGGUUGUUAAGAUAUCGCACUUCUGUGCUUUUAAUGGCAUAAGAAAAAAACAAAAACAAAGUGAUAGAGAAAGAAAGUAGAAAAAGAUUCAAAAUCAUAAUCCAGAUUAGUUCGAGGAUUCAAUAGAACAUGGAUUCAGAUAGAGGACUCCAAAAUGGAUAUUGACAAAGUUCAGGGACCAAAACUGCUGGUAUGUGCCAAUUACAAAAUUGAUGCUUAGCCCACGCCACUCCCAGUCCACAACUGACACUCAUCAAUGGCAAAUCCAGCAUAUCGCACAAUUUUAAGCCGGAGAAAGUUUGCAAAGAAAGAUUAUGCGAUUGGUGGUAUAGGAUUAACCGUCAUCACAUUCUGCGCUUUCGCUCUUCUUUCCACUUCAAACACCCCUCCCGAUCUCCAGCUCACCGCCGCCGCCGCAGCCGACGAUCUCGUUGACUUAACCUUACUUCAUAAUGCAAAAGAUAAAGACGCAUUAUGUUUAGAUGGUAGCUUACCUGGUUACCAUUUUCAAGAAGGAUUUGGAUCUGGCUCCAACCGUUGGCUUCUUCACAUUGAGGGUGGAGGGUGGUGCGAUUCAAUAGAAUCAUGUUCGCUUCGCAAAACGACAUCCUUGGGAUCUUCAAAAUAUAUGCAAAGUCCAGUUCCUUUUGCUGGAAUACUUAGCAAGAAUCCUUCUCAGAAUCCUGAUUUCUAUAACUGGAAUAAAGUUAAGAUACGAUAUUGUGAUGGCGCGUCUUUUGCUGGCCAUCCUGAAAAUGAGUUCAAGAAUGGCUCAAAGCUUUAUUUCAGAGGGGAAUUAAUUUGGGAAGCACUUAUGGAUCAACUUUUAUCAGCAGGGUUGUCUAAUGCCAAACAGGCUCUGCUUACAGGAUGUUCUGCAGGAGGGUUGGCAACACUUAUUCAUUGUGAUAACUUUCAAGAGCGUUUGCCUAAGGACGCUACUGUCAAAUGUCUUGCUGAUGCAGGUUUUUUCCUUGAUGAGAAAGAUGUUCUUGGAAAUUACACAAUGAGAUCUUUCUAUCAUGAUGUUGUUGACCUUCAGGGUGUAGAGAAAAGUUUGCACAAGAACUGUAUUGGAAGAAUGGACUCAGUCAAGUGUCUUUUCCCUCAAGAAAUCAUUAAGGAUAUAAGGACCCCAGUUUUCCUAGUUAAUCCAGCUUAUGAUUUUUGGCAGAUACAACACAUCUUGGUACCAGAUGGAUCAGAUACUCGUGGCUAUUGGCGAAAAUGCAGAAUGAAUCUUCGUUAUUGUAAUCCUCAUCAGCUUGAAAUAUUACAAGGUUUCCGUAGUUCCUUGCUGAACGCACUGAAUGAUUUCCAGCAAAACAAGGAAGGAGGGCUGUUCAUAAAUUCUUGCUUUAUUCACUGUCAAACAUGGAUGGCUGAGACAUGGCAUUCACCAACUUCUCCAAGAAUCAACAAGAAGACCCUUGCAGAGUCAGUAGGCGACUGGUAUUUUAAUCGUGGAGUAGUGAAGCAAAUUGACUGCCCUUAUCCAUGCAACCCCACUUGCUACAACAUGAAAUUUAUUUGAUUUUGGUGACAAAUUUGAAGCAUUUUUCGGGCUACUUUUCUUCUAGAUUUCAGGUAUCCUGUGGGAACCUUGUUCAAACUUCUACUAUCAUGUCCAAGGUAAAUGGAGUGCGGAGAAUACUUUAUACGGUUAAUUGGUCGUGGGACGAUAUGCUCUUCCAUCUCUUUGUAUAAUAUUCUUCAAGUAGUGCAGAAUGGACCAUUCUGAUAGAUAUUUCACUCUUAACUACAACAGCCUGUAAUUAUUGGCUUAUCACAUAUUUUUUUCUGUUUCCCA